GUGAAUGGUAGAUGUGGUAGAUUGUCAAAUAUGAUUUCCUACUAACUUAGACAAAUAUUAAAAAAUAGCGUCUGGCAACACCUUCUUUCUUUCACUUCAAAAACAAGUGUCCGGAAUGGCUGACGCGUCGUCCACAGCACCAAAGGCCAAAGCGCCUAAAACCAAGGCUCCGAAAGAGAAGGUCGCGAAAGAUGCCCCAGCGCCUCCCGCAGAAUCCCAGAACGUUGUCGUUCGCUCUUCCAAACCUCGUCACGGCAGAUUGUAUGCAAAGGCUGUGUUCACUGGAUACAAACGUGGUCUCAGAAACCAACACGAGAAUACCGCGCUCUUAAAGAUUGAAGGUGCCCGCUCUCGUGACGACGCUGUGUUCUACGCCGGCAAGAAAUGCGUGUACGUGUACAAGGCCAAGAAAAGGACCCCCAUCCCCGGCGGACCUCGCGGCAUCAAGACCAAGCUGCGUGCGAUCUGGGGCAAGGUGACGCGCCCGCACGGUAACUCUGGCAGUGUGCGAGCUCGCUUCAAGUCCAACCUCCCCGCUCAAGCUAUGGGACAUAGGAUACGUGUGAUGUUGUAUCCAUCAAGGAUUUAAACACCCUAAUGUAAGAAUAAAAUAUAAAAUCCAUAA